AUGAACAACAGAAGAGUCUCGUUAACGAAUCAAAAGAAGAAAGAAGAAGAAAAUGAUCUAGACAUACAAAGAAUAUGUGGGAAACUAACCAUCUAUAUAAGUGUUGAACCAAAGAUGCUGAAAGCAAACAAGGCGAUGGAGAAUGAGAACCAGAAGAGGUUCGUGCUCGUACAUGGGAUAUGCAGCGGCGCAUGGACCUGGUACAAGGUGAAAACGCAGCUCGAGGCUGCAGGUCACUGCGUAACCGCAGUGGAUCUAGCUGCAUCGGGUAUAAACAUGACGAGGUUGGAAGAGGUUCAGACAUUGACGGAUUACACCAAACCGUUGCUCGAGUUUCUGAGCUCGCUUUGUGGUGACGAAAAGGUGAUUCUUGUUGCUCAUAGCAUGGGAGGAAUACCUUCUGCUCUUGCUGCUGACAUCUUCCCUCGUAAGAUCGCUGCUAUCGUCUUCGUGACAUCUUUCAUGCCCGACACAAGAAACCCACCUGCUUACGUUAUCGAAAAGAAGUCAAGUACUUCACCAGUGGAUUGGUUAGACACAGUCUUUGGAGUCUAUGGGAGACCUGAUCGUCCUCUUGAGUUUGCUCUUCUCGGACCAAAGUUCUUGGCCAAGAACGUGUUUCAACUCUCUCCUAUCCAAGAUCUUGUAUUGGCGAAGUUGCUGGGGAGGGUAAGCCCGACAGUUACGGACAAUCUUGCGGGAACAAGAAGCUUUAGCGAGGAAGGUUACGGAUCCGUUACUCGUAUAUAUAUCGUAUGCGGAGAGGAUAAGUUGAUACCCGAGGAUUACCAGCGUUGGAUGAUCAGCAAUUUUCCACCAAAAGAAGUGAUGGAGAUCAAAGAUGCAGAUCACAUGGCAAUGUUCUCCAAGCCUCAAGAACUCUGUGAUCUUCUCCUGGAGAUUGCGGAUAAACAUGCCUGAAUAAACCUGAGAUCUUCAAUGCAUAUUAGUUACAAGAUUCCGCUUUCACUGCAUUGAUAAUAAGCUAGAUGUGAGCGAUCAGGGUUGAGUACAUUGUAUAUGUGUAAUCAAAUGAUAUGAAUCAAAAUAUAUGAACCAGAAAGAUUCAUUAUACAAUCAUACUAAUGGGAACUAAAACAGAGCAAUUUUUCGAAUCUUUGAUAGAGAAAAACAAAA